CCCCCUCCCAGUUCCUCACCACAGCCUCACCCUGGAUCACACAGACUAGACGAGGACCGAGCAGUCAAGAUCCCCUCGUUAGUCGCUUGCAGACUGAUAGAGGUGUAUAGGCAGCCAGUAUAUUUUCUGUGUUUAGGCUACUUAAUUCUGACGACUGAAUAUUUUGCCCUCUCUUGAACAUAAUGUGGAGAGACAAGUGUUCUCGGCAGACAUUCGAAGACCUAGCAUAAUUCAUUCGUGACGGACCCCAUUUGCUGCAUGCCUCCUGUUUAAGAUUCUGCAGUUUUGACUUAUCCACGGGACAGUGGGAUCCGACUACAGAGCAUCUUUAGGAUUCACAGCGAGUUGAGUCCAAGUUCUAUUACCAGGAGUUUACCAUGACAGCCACUAAGGAGGCGGCGCAGCCGAAUCAGAGACAGAAGCCACUGCCAAAGGAUGAUGAGGAGGACCUUGGUGCGGGAGCUCCACCUGACCGGAACUGGAAAGGAAUUGCUAUUGCUCUGCUGGUUAUAUUGGGGGUCUGCUCUCUUAUCACCAUGUCUGUCAUCCUCCUCACUCCAGCGGACAGCCAAGCUGGCAGUGAUACCAAACUCACAGUGGAAGAUCUGUUCAAGCCUGAGUUUGUUGCCCACGACCCGGAGGCCAAAUGGAUCAACGACUCAGAAGUGAUCUACAGGAAUCGCGAUGGCCACGUAAUCAAGUUUAACAUCCUCACCAAUGAGACUGAAAUUGUACUGACAAACACAACAUUUGUCAAUUUCAAUGUUGCAAAGUACUCCGUUUCCCCGGACUUGAAAUAUGUGCUCUUUGCCUAUGAUGUUAAACAGGUUUUCCGGCAUUCAUACAUGGCCUCAUAUAGCAUUUACAACGUCCACACAAGGGAGGUGUGGGAGCUGGAUCCUCCAGAGGUGCUGAAUUCUAUUCUGCAGUAUGCUGCAUGGGGAGUACAGGGCCAGCAACUGAUCUACAUAUUUGAGAACAAUAUUUACUACCAAUCAGAUGUGAAGAGCAACUCCCUCAGACUGACAUCGUCUGGAAAGGAAGGGGUCAUCUUCAAUGGGAUCGCUGACUGGCUGUACGAGGAGGAGAUUCUCCAGUCACAUAUAGCACACUGGUGGUCACCGGAUGGAGAGAGGUUAGCCUUCCUGGUCCUCAAUGACACUCUGGUGCCCAAUAUGGCCCUUCCUCGCUUCACUGGCGCUUCAUACCCCAAAGGAAAGCAAUACCCCUACCCUAAGGCUGGUCAACCCAACCCCACAGUGAAGUUAUACGUGGUGAAUCUGUACGGGCCGACACACACACAGGAGCUCACACCACCAGACAACCUCAAACUAAGGGAGCACUAUGUGGCCAUGGUCAAUUGGAUCAGUAAAACCAAGACGACGGUCAGGUGGAUGAACCGUGCCCAGAAUGUGUCCAUCCUGACCGUAUGUGAGACCACCACGGGGGCCUGUGUUAAGAGGCAUGAGGAGACCUCAGAGCUCUGGCUUUCAAAGCAGAACCAGGAACCAGUGUUCUCCAGGGAUGGCAGCAUAUUCUUCCUGACAGUGCCCGUCAAGCAAGGCGGGCGCGGAGAGUUCCAUCACAUCGCCAUGUUCACAACACAGUUCAGAGCAGAUCAAAACGAGGUCCGCCAUCUAACAUCAGGAAACUGGGAAGUAACUAAGAUCCUGGCCUAUGAUGAGAGCAACGACAACAUAUAUUUUCUCAGCACUGAAGGCUCACCGCGAAGAAGACAGCUUUUCAGUGUGAAGACUGUCGGGUUGUUCCCUCGACACUGUCUGACGUGUGAGCUAAAUAAGGCGCACUGUCUGUUCUUUAAUGCCGAGAUAAGCCCCAAUGAUAAGCAUAUCAUCCUCCACUGUAAAGGUCCCGGAGCACCCACUGUGAUCUUACACAGCCUCAAUAAUGCCAAUUUCUACAUCCUUGAGAACAACUCUUUACUAAAGGCCGCCUUAAAGGUCAAGAGGAUUCAGAUGACAGAUUUCAGAACAAUCCAGAUGGAACAUUUUGAUCUGCCUUUGAAGAUCUCUUACCCACCAGACUUUUCUGAAUCGCGUCACUAUGGCUUGCUAUUGAUAGUCGAUGGCUCUCCCGGGGGCCAGGCGGUGAGCGACCGUUUCGUUCUGGACUGGGACUCGGUUCUGGUCAGCUCAGAUAAUGUCAUAGUGGCUCGUCUGGACGGCAGAGGGAGUGGCUUCCUGGGCCAGAGGGUUCUACAUGAAGUCCACCGGCGUUUGGGAACCGUAGAGGUGCAGGAUCAAAUCACAGCUGUGGAAUACAUGUUGACAUUCCCGUACAUUGAUCGGACACGGAUAGGAGUAUUUGGGAGGGGUUAUGGUGCCUACAUUACAUUAAUGAUGCUCAAAUCAACCGACAGCCUGUUCAAAUGUUCAGUAGCAAUGUCCCCCGUCACGGACUGGAAACUAUAUGCAUCAGCGUUUUCCGAGAGGUACCUUGGCAUGCCAUUACGGGACGACAGCAGAUAUCAGUUCUCCAGCGUGUUGCAGAACGUCCAGCCACUGAGGGAACAGACUCUGAUGCUUGUUCACGGCACAGCAGAUGCCAAUGUUCACUUUCAGCAUACUGCUGAGCUCAUCAGGAACCUUGUGAAAGUUGGAGCAAACUACUCAAUGCAGCUCUAUCCAGAUGAGGGUCAUUUCCUGUCCCAGCGGAGUCGGCAGCACCUCUUCGCGUCGCUCACCAACUUCUACAGGGAGUGUCUCAGGGAAGAGAUCCUACCACUGCCCGAUGAUGAUGAGGAGGAGGAAGAAGAGUAGGAGUAUGAUGUGUUGGGAACCUUCGGCAGGACUUUGGCAGGACUUCCUCUCUGUAAACAUUUGCUGAAGCCUGCACUAAAGGCUGGUGUCUUUUGGACCAAGUGUUAAGACAGAGGUGGACAGUGAGAAUUGCGGAGGCUUCUAGUGUGUCUGUGUGUGUGCGUGCGUGUGUACAUUAGAUCGUUUGUGUUAGUUUGCGAAAGAGAGUUUGAUAGUGUUUGUGCGUGUGUCUGCGUAUGUACGUUUGUGUGUGCAUGUGUUUUCAUUCAGAGAACUUCCAAGGACACCUGUCAAAGACAAUGGAGACUGGCGUUGUCGAGACUACAAGCUGGAUCUCUCACUAAUCCAAAAUGCCACUUCAAUCACUUUCGGCAAAGCACAUAGCAGACUGCCUCCAUCACCGAUGGCGGCCAUUAGUGUUGCAACAUCCACACUUGCAAGUGCAUGGUUCUUUUCCCCUUGCAGCUUCACUAGUUUUGUUAGUCUUUGUUGUAGUAGUCAUUGGGAAGAGACAAACACAGAUGAAGUACCCUUUUCAAUUCCUCCCCCUCAAUAUUAUUUGGUCUUGUUGCACAAGGAAAUGCUUCACUGCUCUUCAGAGGCAUACUGUAGGCAAUGCAAGUUCACCAUCACUGUGACGUUGUUCACAAAUAGGUGUAAUUCCUGCUGAAUGCUCUCUCAUCGUCAACCCCCACUGAAAAGAACAGUCCUUUGGGCACACUUAAACAAUGGUCUUAUGUAGACAUGUCCAAUGCCUCAUGAUGUGCUACAUAAGACCGUAAGACCACGUACUGGCAUUCCAUGCCAUUCAUUAUUAGCAGCUUCAUACCAGCCUGUGUCAGCUCAGUCCUUUGAGACGCAAUAUGACAUAGUGCAGUCUCAUAGACAGUUGAUAUCAGUUAUAAGGUCAGGUCAUAAAGCAGUUAUAACUCCAGUGAGUAGAGAGUGGUCACAAAGGCCAUAAAGUGACAUUGUGUAGGCCUAAGUAAGGGGUUUGCAUGUCUACAGCAGUGUGUACAUACAUAUAUUUUUUAGAUAUGUCAGAUCUCGUGGAUAGGUUAGUCUAUGGGAAUGGAAUGAUUUGACCUGUAUGUCUUGUACAUUUUCCAGUUGAUUUUGGUUUUGGUUUAUUUUUCUUCCAAGGGUAGAUUUUGUAAUGCUUGUUCUUGUUAAUUUAGCUGUUUCUAACGGGAGGGGGGGAUGUGGGUGUUGGGUUAUUGUGAUUGUCCUCUAGUGAUGAUUAUGAAUAAAAAAGCACAGAAAAAACAAAUAUAUUACCGUUAGGUAUUUUGCACAAAUGACAUCCAACCACAGUGUCUUCAGUAUUGAUUGACAAAUUAACGAAGGAUCCAGUCAAUGAUAUAUAAUCGGUUUGUUGACCUUGGACUCACCUUUGUGCCUAGACUGUUUGAGUUGGUCAGGGUCUGAAGACAAAUUCAAUAAGGGCCUUGAGGCAGUUGGCCGACAGAUAUCUAACAUUGGAUGCGUCUCAAUCCACCACAUCCGCCGAUGUUGCACUUCCGUCAUCUACAUUACGUUGCUUUCUCCUGGGCAGAUACAUGAUAAUUACAAGUAUAUCCUAUGUAACUACAUUGUUCUUACAUUACACUUCCUUCAGUAUAGCCUUUGAGCCAGGACAUAACAUAGAAAUAAACCCAUUGAAAAUAACCUGUAGUUAAUGACAGGGUGUGCCUUUGUUACAAUUGUUGUUUCCAGGUCCCAGCCUAUUGAUCGAUCCUGGUAUUACAUGUGGCUUCAAUGGUAGUGGCAUAUUUUGGUUUGACUUUCAAAUGUAUAAUUCCAAAACAUUAGUUACAUAGUGGAACAAGAGAAUGUGCAGUAACAUCAGUAGUUACACAUGUGGAGGAAUAACCUUCAGCAAGGAAAUAUGUAAUAACACAUUCCUUGUUCCAAUUGUGUAAUAACUGAUUCCACAAACAACCCUAUUAACAUGUAAUUACUUAGUAAAACCUGUGUAACUACUAUGUUAAGCUAUUACUGUGUUAGUUACAUAGUAAUAAGGGCCACAUAAUGUAAAGCGUUACCCAGUAAUACUGAAGCUUUUUUCUUGUUUUUCAAGCGAGGGUUUUUUAAGGGAGUACGCGAGGCACAGAUGUUCGUUUUGCCUAACCGAGUUCUGCUAGGAGCCAACCAAGCCUAGUAUGCGAGCACCUUUAGUUGGAUCUACGCCAGGAGUGAGCAUCUCUGGUCCUAGAGGGCUACAGACUGUGUGUGUGUGUGUGUGUGUGUGUGUGUGUGUGUGUGUGUGUGUGUGUGUGUGUGUGUGUGUGUGUGUGUGUGUGUGUGUGUGUGUGUGUGUGUGUGUGUGUGUGUGUGUGUGUGUGUGGAGAGAAAUAUGGAGAGGUAUAUUGCAUAAACCAGGGCUGGUAGAAAACGUGUGACAAGGCAGCAUUUGCCACAGCACUUUUCAAUCAGGUGUGGCACACCACUUUUGAUUUAAUCGAAUAAAAUAUAUUGGACACAAAGCGUUAAAAAGAGGGUCAAAGUGCUGUUCUUUAGACCGAUUUGCCUCAUGAUUUGUCAUCUCGCGCACAAUUUCUGUGUCCUUCACAUCGGGGUGCUGCUGCAGGCAGUUUGCAUGUCUUGACUAAUCAGAUUAACAGAAAUCGCAGGUCGCGUGGGCCGGGGCACAGCGCAAAAAGCUCAAGGCACACUCUCCACUUUCCUCCGGUAUUUGUAUAGCAAGCGUGAUAACACAACACAACACUCCCGACAGACACAUGCAAAAACUCUUACAUACUGUAAAUGUAGCAGCCUAUACACCUAAACAUUACAGUAGCUAUCUGGCAGCAGUACAUCACCUGCACCUGUCGACGACACAAGUUGUUCUGCUUCCACGAGCACAUCCAAUGCUAGCAUCAGUAAUUCUACAUUUGUUCUUAGCCCAGCUGGCAUGGACACUGACAGUUGUGAAUCUGAUGCAGCCGAAGAGCUACUGCCCCCUUACCCGGGAAAGCACAGAACAACAGACAGGGACGUUGGACCAUCGAAGAGGCGCAAAUAUGACGAGAACUACAUUGAUUUGGGCUUCACUUAUAUUGGGAGUAGUACCUUUCCUCAGCCACAGUGUGUUAUAUGUGCAAAAGUACUAUCUCACAACUCAAUGAAACCUUCACUCUUGCGCAGUCAUUUAGAAACAAAACAUGCCAAUUUGAAAAAUAAGCCACAGGAGUUUUUUGAGCGACAAUUAAGACGACUUUCGAGUAGUAAGACAUGUAUAAAAGUAACAGAUACCAAUAAUAAGAGUGUUUUUUAUGGUGAGCUACCAAGUGGCUAGGACAGGCAAGCUCCAUACUAUUGUGGUGGACUUAAUUCUUCCUGCCGCCGCAGAUAUGGCUGGGAAAAUGCUGGGGGAAAAGGCCCAAAAAACUGUACAGACAAUUCCUUCAUCAAUCAACACUGUUUCACAACACAUCAGUAACAUGGCAGGAGAUGUUUUGAAACAAUUACUUCUUCGUACACAAGCCAGUGAAUUCUAUGCGUUACAGCUGGAUGAGUCAACAGACAUGGCGGGCCUGGCACAGCUCCUGGUAUACGUCCGUUACGUUAUAGGGGGUCAAGUAAGGAAGACAUCCUCUUCUGCAAACCACUCGAAACCAGGACAACUGGAGAUCAUUUUUUAAAGUACUGGAUGGCUUUGUGACAUAAAAUGGACUUUGGUGGUCAAGAUGUGUUGGUAUCUCUGAUGGCGCAAAAACCAUGACAGGGAGACAGUGCGGCGGUAAUGCGCGUGCAAGCAGUUGCUCCCGACGCCACUUGGGACCACUACAGCAUCCACCGAGAGAAUCUUGCUGCCAAAGGACUGCCUGACAGCUUGAAAGACGUUUUGGACACUACAGUGAAAAUGGUUAACUUUGUUAAAGCAAGGCCACUGAACUCUCGUGUAUGUUCUGCACUAUGCAAUGAUAUGGGCAGCGACCAUGUAUUGCUUUUACAACAUACAGAAGUGCACUGGUUAUCAAGGGGCAAAGUAUUAACACGUUUUUUUAAUUGAGAGACGAGCUUAAAGUUUUCUUUACUGACCAUAAUUUUCACUUGUCUGACUGCUUGCAUGAUGACGAGUUUCUCACACGACUGGCCUAUCUGGGUGAUGUUUUUUCUCGCCUGAAUGAUCUGAAUCUAGGAUUACAGGGACUCUCCGCAACUAUAUUAAAUGUGGGGGACAAAAUUGAGGCUAUGAUUAGCAAGGUUGAGCUCUUAAGGACAACACACAGGUCUUUCCAGCAUUAUAUGAUUUGUUGUGUGCAAAUGAACUCAAGCUUACGGGCAACUCAAAUGUCAUACAGCGAAGCAUCCGAGUGAGUUGAGUGCGCAAUUACGCAGGUACUUUCCCGAAACGGAUGACACAAACAACUGGAUUCGUUAUCCCUUCCAUGCCCUGCCUCCAGUUCACCUACCGAUAUCUGAACAAGAGAGCGUCAUCGAUAUUGCAACAAGCGGUUCUGUGAAAAUUGUAUUUAAUCAGACUCUAACGCCUACCAAACCCGGAUCCGGGAGCCUCCCCAUCACAAAAGCUGACUAGCAUAGCCUAGCCUAAAGCCACAGGGAUAUCAUAUAAUAAAAUGUUCAUGAAAUCACAAAUCCAAGACACCAAAUGAAAGAUACACAUCUUGUGAAUAAAGCCAUCAUUUCUGAUUUUUUAAAUGGUUUACAGGGAAGACAAAAUAUGUAAAUCUAUUAGCUAACCACGUUAGCAAAAGACACCACUUCCAUGGUCCACCAUUUUCUUACUGCAUCAGUAGCUAUCACAACUUCGACCAAAUAAAGAUAUAAAUAGCCACUAACCAAGAAACAACCUCAUCAGAUGACAGUCUGAUAACAUAUUUAUUGUAUAGCAUAGGUUUUGUUAGAAAAAUUUGCAUAUUUCAGGUAUAAAUCAUAGUUUACCAUUGCAGCCCCCAUCACAACUCUCACUAAAAUGACUAGAAUAACUACAGAGACCAUCGUGUAUUAGCUAAUUACUCAUCAUAAAACAUUUCUUAAAAAUACACAGCGUGCAGCAGAUGAAAGACACAGAUCUUGUGAAUCAAGACAAUAUUUCAGAUUUUCUAAGUGUUUUACAGCGAAAACACAAUAUAGCGUUAUAUUAGCUUAGCACAGUAGCGAACAUUACAACAGCAUUGAUUCAAAGCAAAAAUAGCUAUAACGUAUAAACCACCAAAAUAUAUAAAUUUUUUCACUAACCUUCUCAGAAUUCUUCAGAUGACAGUCCUGUAACAUCAUAUUACACAAUGCAUAUAGAGUUUGUUCGAAAAUGUGCAUAUUUAGCGGCACAAAUUGUGCUUAUACAAUGAGAAAAGUAGCCAAGAGCUCAAGCAAUCUGUCCGGCGCCAUCUUGGAAAGCCACCUACUCUUAUCGAAAACUAUUCAUAAACUUGACUAAAAAAAUACAGGUUGGACAGCAAUUGAAAGACAAAUUAGUUCUUAAUGCAAUUGCUGAAAUAUAUUUUUUAAAUUAUCGUUACUGCGCAAUACAGGCUGCGAUAACGCAAUGCUAUACUGCAAGAAAUGGCGUCUCAUGCAUUUUACUUUUUUCAACAGAACAAUUAAUUAACAGCAUAAAGACUGCUUACUAUUAGCUGAGCUUCAAUCAGAAUCUUGGGCAAGGUGUCCUUUCUUCAAAACAAUCGUCUUUUGGCUGAAAGAUGUCCUCUUGUCCAGUCGAAUUAGCCGCUAAACGUUAGCCCCCCACUGGAGAGGUGCCCAACUAGUGGAAGCGCGUCACAAAGAAAUCCAGGAAAAUCGCAAUAAACUGCUAUAAACUGCUAUAAGUCGGUUUAAAUUAACUGCCUUAUGAUGUCUUUAACACCUAUAACGAAUAAAAUCAUGACCGGAGAUAUAGAACUACUCAAACGAAAGCGUUUGCAGGACGUCAUUGUGAUGUCUUCUUGGUCCGGGCGCACCGUUGAAAAGGACGGUACUUCCUGUUCCACGGUCUAAUAUAAGGUCCCAGAUUGCGUAAUCGACUCCAUUCAAAUUCUCACUGCUUACUGACAUCUAGAGGAAGGCGUAUGCAGUGCAUGUGCCCUCAUAGCUUACAUGGGGACUUAUAAACUGACCUUAGAACAGGGACCUCGAUUUCUGAAAUCUCACUCCCUGACAGGAAAUGUGCUGCAGAAAGAGUUCUGUUUCACUCAGAGAAAUAAUUCAAACAGUUUUAGAAACUAGAGAGUGUUUUCUAUCCAAUAGUAAUAAUAAUAUGCAUAUUGUACGAGCAAGAAUUGAGUACGAGGCAGUUUAAUUUGGGCACUAUUUUUCCCAAUGGUGAAACAGCGCCCCCAUAUUGACAAGAAGUUUAAUCAGAAGCCACUGACAGAUUUCUGGAUUGGAAUGCGCUCAGAGUAUCCUGCCUUGGCAAAUCGCGCUGUUAUUGUAUAGUGUGUGUGGCAGACUUACAAUGAUGGAGAGAAAAACAUUUGAGAGUGCGCUGACCCUAGUGCUAGAGGGGGUACGCGGGUUGAACGUUUGAAGGGGUACGGGACUAUAAAAAGUUUGGGAACCACUGAUAUACAUGAUCAACAAUUAGUAAAUCUGCACCAUAAUAAGAUUAGAAUUGUACACAAUUCAUUCAGGGAUAUACAUGUUGACCAAAAGUUGUGUGUUUUGUAUAGGAUUCAUACGUUUAGGCCGGGAUUUAGGGCUGGAUUCAAUCCGUAUCACUGAAGUAUCGAGGAAGAGUCACGUUAUAGUUCGAUUGAAAAUGAAAGGCAAUGUGCCCACAUUCGCUGAGACUGCAUUUACGGUAAACGCUACGUGUCGGCUCAAUCGGAAAUGACCUUAACAUUUUACUGCGGCUCUUCUCGUUACGGAUUGAGUCCAGCCCUAACGUUUACAAUGAAUGUGAUUUCUGCAAACGAUGCGAAAAUAGCCUUUAACAGGCACAUUUAUGGCUCUAUAGUGUACUGCCCUAUAAGUCCUGGCCCUACUGUCCACCCUGAACCUUUAUUUACAUUAUUUGAAAGCAAUAUAUCUUUUCAAUUCUUCCCAUACUCUUCAACCAAAAUAUAUUCGUAACUUCUACUAUGUAAGAGACAUGGGGGUCAAGCAAGUGGUACUGCUAAGUAACUAAAGCAAUUGACAUUUGAUAGGAUCUUUAUGUAUACUUCAAUAUAGCAUGGACCUUCGUGGACUGAAGGACUGAGGUCAGGUGGAGUGGAGUGUCAGUAUCUGACUUGAGUGUCUGACGACUAAUGAAAGGGUUGCCAGAUGACAACACAAAGGCUAGAUUAGGAUUGCAAAAUGUGUAACUUUCCCCAAAUUUCCAGGAUUUCCAUUUUGGAUUCUCUGCUCUUUCCCUCCUGAUUCUAGGAACCUUCCAACCGGGUUAUCGAAAACCUGUUUUUGGGGGGGAAAGUAACAGGAAUUUUUGCAAACCUGUGUGUGAUCACAGACAAAUAUCCAGAGGCAAAAGUCACAGACAGGAAUCUAAAGAAUUAUCUUAUUGCCUCCCCAUUUUAAUUGCUUCCUGGAUGUACCUGUUCUACCAUUGUGCUGUCAUACAGGUCAUGCUCAUCUAGUUGUAGGCCUACCCCAGACUUUGUGCGUCCUAUAGGUUAUCAACUGGUGAAGAGUGAUCAGAAGUAAUCAUUGUCAUACUGUAUAUAAAUCAUAUUCAUCAAUUAAUUUAUGUUACAAUGAGUUCAAUCAUGCUAUACGAUUAACCAUUCUAAACAUUAUUCUGUUUUCAUAACACUUAAUUAAAAUGGAAAUUACAUGCAUGGAUAUCAAGUUAGGAUUCCACUCUACAAUGCCGUCAUUAUUAAUGAUCUGUAAUUCUUUUCUAAUUUGGAAAUAUGAUUGAGUUUGCUAGUGCAAUUUCAAUUUCUUUGUUUCGUAGUGAUGACUGGAAUGAGGUAAAGGCCCCUGUACAAUGAAAUGAAAGGAGGUAUAUACAAUAGAGGCUCAGUUGGUAAAGUAGCAACGGUCAUCAAAAUUGUGAAAAGGUUUUAAAAACAAUUCUAAUAAAUGCAACAGUUGGACAAUGGA